GGCCAGGGCGCUGGUGUAAACACAACAGACGCCUCAUCUCCCGUCACUGAGUCACAGUGGACAUUAACCCGAGCAGCCGUCACCGGUGAGGGGGAAACGCACCGUGUCCGUCGUGUGUACUAUGUGCUAAAGCGCUGACAGACGGAACCAUGGACUUCUACAUCAACCUGAAGGUGAAUUUCAGGGGAAAUUCUAAGAAUUUCCUCCUGUCGGGAUCCGAGACCAAGAGCUGGGAGUCGAUGGAGGCCAUGGUGAAGCGUUCCUUCGGCCUGUGCAGUCUUCAGCUGACCUAUUUUGACGAGGAGAACGAGGAGGUUUCCAUCAACAGUCAAGUGGAGUAUGAAGAGGCACUGAAGAGUGCAGCACGGCAGGGAAACCGGCUCCACAUGAACGUGUACGAGACUCGAGGCCAGGCGGCGAGGGUCUCCACCACCAAGGCCAGCGGAGCAGAGCCUAAGAGAGGGUUCAGACCCCCACAGCACUGCCCCGCCUUGGCACAGGUGGUCAGUCGCAAGGUCCAGGCUGCGGUGCCAGAACAGGGCAUGGUGAUCAUGAAAGAGGUGAAAGGGAACAAAGAAGAAGACAAGACUCCCCCAGCCUGGUUUACCUCCUACAUGGAGAAGUUUAAAGACCAGGUGGUCCGAGAGGCCGUGGAGAAGAUCUGCAGGGAGUUCUCCGGACAGUGCUGCAUUCACAAGCCCCUGGGAGGAGGAGGCACUGCAGGGGGAGCAGGAGGUGGCAGAGGGGAAGCUGUAGGUGGAGCAGAGGCACAGCAGGUCCCUGAGGUGUCCUCCACUCUGCCUGGAGCGUCAUCCUCCUCCUCCUCCACUCCUCCCUGCUCCUCCUGCAGGGGACAGACCACCGGAGGAGGCUACCAGUGCAGCGUGUGCACAUCGUGCACUCUGUGUGAGCCCUGCAGUUUUUCCCAUGAUCCCAGUCACAACCUGGUGAGAGCCAGGACUCCUCUGUCCAUCCCAGAACACGGAUCACCUGCUCCUGACCACAGCAAGUUCUACAGACGAGGCGACCGCAGUUUCCGCAAGGCAGAGAAGCAGCGGCUGAAAGCAGAGAAACGCCUGCUGAAGGCGGAGGUCAAGGAGAUCCGCAAACAGCUGAGGAUGGAGAGGAGGGGCAUACAGUGGAGCUCCUCCCACAGAGAUGGAAGCUCCUCCCCUGUUCUGCUGCAACCUCGAGCCACGCAGCACAACAGCCCAGAGCGUCCAAAGCGUCCCUGUCCCCUGGUGGUUCCAACUAUGACGGCUGCGUUUCUGGAUGAGAACCUUCCUGACGGAACCAGACUGCGUCCUGGGACUAAGUUUAUAAAGUACUGGAAGAUGAGGAACACUGGGACUAUGAGCUGGAGUGCUGAUACUAAGCUGAAGUUCAUGUGGGGAAACCUGGCUGUGGGAUCUGGGGACCGUUGGAAAGAAGUCUGUGUUCCGUUCCUUCAGCCGGGACAGGUGGGUAUUGUGAGUGUAGCCCUGUGUGCUCCUGCUGUGGAGGGCUCCUACACCUCCCACUGGCGCCUGGCUCACGCUGGAGAGCAGUUUGGACCCAGGGUGUGGUGCAGCAUCGUGGUCGACCCUCUCGCCCCUGCACCUGUGAUGGCUGAUGGGAUCCUGGUGUCGCCCUGUGUCACACCACAGGUAGAAGAAAUGAUUCUCGGUAAGAACCCAGUAGCAAAGGAUGGGAAAGCCUGUGCAGCUUCUCGGGAGCAGCCUUUGUUGUCAGUGGAUCAGGAAGAAUACUUCAUCCCCUCGGUCGACCUUCUCACUGCACAGGAUCUUCUGUCUUUUGAGCUAUUGGAUAUCAACAUUGUCCAAGAGUUGGAGAGUGUCCCAAACAACACACCAGCAGACAUCACUCCCUGCAUGUCACCUCUGCCUCAAGAUGGCCACCUGCAGGACAAUAGCAGUCCCUCAUUAGGUCUAAUCCAGGAGGAGACAGAAGCCAUCAACAGCAUUAUGGUGGCUUGUCCAGCUGCUCAGGGGAGCUCUUCUUCCUCCUCUUCUUCCUCCUCUUCCUCUUCCUGUGUGAAGAGUAAAACCCUGAAAACAGAGAAGACCCCAGACUCUAACUCAGCCACUUCAAACACCAUCAAACCACCAGCGACUCUGAAGUCAUCGCUCCCUUCCCCGUUGAAAGCCUCCCUGCCGGCUCCAGUGUCUGUGACUGCAGCUGCGGGGCCGGGCCCCAACUCAGCACCGACCCUGCUCCACACGUCAGCCGGGGCCUCCAGGGCCUCCGGGGCCUCCGCAGCGGCCGCAGCCACAGAUGAGGUUGAAGAAUCCCACGUGGAGAACAUCAGUGUGGCGCCCAGGGUGAAGGAGGGAGUGGGGGAGCCAGAUGAGGAGAAGGAGAAGGAGCGAGAGGAGAAGAGAGAAGGGACAAGAAGCCGCUCCUCCUCCACCUCUUCAGAGGAUUACAUCAUCAUCCUUCCUGACUGCUUUGAUACCAGUCGACCGCUGGGAGAGUCCAUGUACAGCUCUGCUCUGUCCCAGCCUGGCGACGUCCCCGCUAAGACACCCACAGACCCAGAUACUGACCCCACUGAGGGCAGCGAGGCUGCCGCAGUCCUGGAAGAGUCUGCGGGACCCAGCAGUGCCAAUGACAUGCUGUGUACGUCUCAGACGCUGGACGAUGAGCCACUGACACCGGAAGUGGUGGCACCACCCAAAGCUGGUGUCACACCAAGUCCUGAGAGCAGUGGAGAAACACAUGCUCCUGCUGCUGCUGGUGACGACGACGACGAUGAUGAUGAUGAUGAUGACGAGGACGAGGACGAUGAUGAUGAUGAUGAUGAUGACGCUGAAGAAGGAGCUGAGGGCUCUGACUUGUACCAAACUGAGGAAGCUUCUGGUUCUGAACAACCUCAGAGAGAUGAGACUGAAGAGACUGAGGACAACUCUGAGGACAACCCUGAGGACAACUCUGAGGACAACCCUGAAGACAACCCUGAAGACCCCAGACACCCAGGUAUCACCAGCGGUCUGGUGAAAGGAGCUCUGUCUGUAGCUGCCUCUGCAUACAAAGCCCUGUUCACUGGACAAGGCCCCACACAGCCUCCAGUGGACGAGUCCACCCAGGACACCAUGAUGGCCGUGUUGGUGGAGAUGGGCUUUGCAGACCGGCCGUUGAACCAGCGGCUGCUGAAGAAACACAACUACAACCUGCUGGACGUGGUCAACGAGCUGGUCCAGAUGACUGACAGUGACUGGUACUCCACACGCUACUGACAAAAGAGGCAAAGCAGCGACAGACGAGAUGAAACUGAAGACAUGAAGAAAGUCAUCUCCACUCAACUACCUUUUUUACCUUCAUCCUUCUGCCCAUCUCUCCUCUGACUGAUUCAACUAUCUUCUCUGUGAUCUCUGCACACUGGAAACAUUACAUUCACAGGAAGAAACAUCUUCUAAAGGUGAAGACCACACUCCCCUACUGUCUACAGUCUAACCAUAUGAAAGUGGCACUGACGCCGUAUUACUUUACAAAGCUCAAGAAGAUGAAGCUGUGUUCGCUGCACAGACUAUGCAAGCAGACACACCAACAUCAAAGUAACAAUGCUAUGUGUUAGCAUCCAAAUGCUACACUUACGUACAAGCUUCCUGGUUUUAAGUACAAAUACCACAUACUGUAAUCUACAAGUGUCACUUUGUGUCACAUGUAGCGAGUUAAGUCGCAGAAUGUGCUUGUCAAUCAGAGGUAAACAUAUAUGUGUGUAUUUAUAAGUGUGUAUA